AGCAGGGGCAUAUUUACCACAAGGCAAACAAGGCAUUUGCCUAGGGUGGCAUUUUUCAGGAGGCAGCACCUCCCCCAGAAGAAGGAUGGAAGAAGGGACAUGCAUGCUGUGGGUACCAGGUGGGAUCCAAGAGAGGCUGCAGGCUGCUUGAUGGUGUAUACAGAGCCUGACUCUCAUUCCCAGGGAUGUCUGGAGCUGUGAAGGCUGAGUGUCUUUCUCUCUAUCUCCGGGGGGGGUUGGUCAAUGUCAGGCUCUCUCCAUGGGAGGGGAAGGGGGGGUACGAUUUUUGUGUUGCCUAG